AUGAUUGAUUUAACAGAAUGUUUCGUUUUAGUGUGUUAUAGCAUUAAAAGAAAUCCAGAAUUCGCUGCUCGUUAUAUGGUGCGCAUCGCUGUUGGCGAAGAAGAGAGCGCCAGUUGUGGAGAGUCGAAAAGUUACUCGGUGAUAGACGUAUCUGCGGCGAAUGUUGCCCGCCGGAAAACGCCUUUCACGAAACAGAAGUGUCGCGUGUUCCUGCGUGGUCACUGCGAAAUCGUGAGCGGAAUUUGGUCGGUAAAGGUGCGUUGGAAAUUUAGCAAUAAUAUGGAGUACUGUAUGGUAACCCCGUUUUUAAAGAAAAGUUCACUGGACGAGUACAGCAUCUACGACCUAAACUGGAGAAACAUUCAUGCUGGCCCCCUACCGCGAUUCGUGCUCUCCUAUAAUGUGAAGGAAGAGUCGCCAUCUGACUCAGGAUCCAGCUCAGGUAGCGGUGAUGAUGAGGCGCUGCCUUCCCGGAAGAAGUUAUGCGGCGACAAGCAGCGACAGAGCAUCAACAUAUUGCUUGAGGAAGCCCGCAAGUAUGAUAUCGACGUCGACGACCGCCUUCUCGAGAAGUUGUACAGCAGCAACUCGGCCAGCGACGACGACGACUUGUGCAACAUCAAAGAGCAGAUCAAAAAAGCAAAAGACGAGGAGAAGGAACGCCUUCGAAGUUUGAAACGACAGGAGCGCGAAGCUCUGGUCGAAUGGAAGAAACCGAGAGACGAUCUGUUGUGUGACGAUCAUGCGCCCUUCCCUCCGCUGCCGUACGUCGUGCUACCGCCGUCCAUCGGCGCCGAGGGAUUUGGUGACUGCCUGUCCUUGGUGGAGUUCACAAACUCUUUCGCGUUGUCACUCGAGUUGGAAGACUAUUUUCCUGACGGCCCGUUUACUGUUAGCGCGUUGUAUGAGGCGCUGUUCGACUGUGACGUGAAUGGUCCCUUCUCGAAGCUAUGCAUGAUGUUCUUGCAACAUAUCUUCUUACUGCAAGAGCAGGAGGACGGCGAUGAGGUGGAGUUGGAACGCAAGGAGGACGCACAGCUGGAGAACUGUGAAUUGGAUAACAAAUACUUUCGGAAGUACAUCGAACAGGCGACGCGACUUUCGCAGAAGACCAGAAAAAUUCACGGUGUUUCUGUUCGCAACCUGCCGCUGAAUAGCUUCACGUUAUCUGAGGUGUUUCGACUGUAUUUCAAAACCAGUGGCUACUACACCGGAGCCAACACCGCCCGUUUCAGAUAUCAUAGUCGCGGCGGCUACAAGUGCAUCGACGACCAGGCGCUGUUUUUCAGAAUCGACCACGAGAACCUGGUGGAACGACUUUCCAGCGAUUGCAUAUAUCAGUUUUCUCCCGAGGAACGAUUAUUAGUCCUUCUCGCUCUUCGUGAUCAUCUCCUUACGUUUUCUUUGGACAAGAUCAGGUCUCUUCGCGCGGAUCUCAGACAAAGUCAGUUGACGGAGCAACGCAAUGAGCGCGAAGCAUUCGUUGCCAAAAUGGCCAUAGCCGACAAGGCAUCCACCAUUGACCGAACUUCCGCUGCGGAGGCGUCGAGUAACAUGAAUACCGUUACUGCUGUUAACUCGCCGAGCGCCGCGACUCGUAAACUGAAGGAGUCGUUAAGAGCGCUGGUCGAGGCUUCGGAAGAUUCGACCACCGAAGGGGUGCAAAUCGACUACGAAAUGUUGGAGUGUGUGAAUUUCGACCAGUUGGACAUGAGUGAGAUCGAGCUGGUACGAAAACUGCAGGAGAAACACGCCAUGCUCGAGGAGUCGAAUAUGGUGGCCGAGAUUUUCGAACUGCAGGACGCUAGUGGCAUGAUUUUAUUAGGUACAGACCGAGCGUUCAGAAGGUACUGGCUGAUAAAGUCGGCUGGUACCGUAUUCGUAGAGGAAAAUCAAAAUGACCAAACUAUGGACGAAUGUGAAUGUCCAACUCCGCUGGACAAGGUGACCGCAGUAGACAUUUCAAACGUCACCCGAGCCCAGCGUGAGUUGUUGGUCUGCUCAGGCAUGAAGGCAUCAUGCGCCGUACACGGCACCCAUGGCCGUCAUCAGUGGUCAUUCGUCGCCGACGAAUCACAGUUGCAGGCGUUGUUGGAUGUCUUGAAUCGGCGCGGUAUUCGAGAAGCGGAGCUUUUUGAUAACAUAUCGUUCUUCAGGGGUGUGUUGUCACCUCUGCUGCAGCAGUUUGACGCUCAACCGUUUCUCGAAACGACGCACCUGUCGUCGUCGGUCAUGAAUACCGUUUCCGUCAGCGUACUUGAAGAACAUCUGCGGCAAGACCUGUUAGAACUGGAAGAGAGGAUCUUUUCUAACGGUCUUGGAAUACUUAAGACACCAUCCAGAACAUCGUGGCGCUCCGCGGUUCUGAAAUGCAGUCGGGUUACGGAUUUAAAAAAUCGCGCGGAUGCUAACAACCUAAUGACCGAUGGCAAGCUGGUCAGGGUAGAGAACUUUUUUGUCAUGGCUCUGUAUCAGCUGGCCUCGUGUAUUCAUGAACGAAACUUCAAGGAGGUCGCUACGGAGGAAGUGGCUAAAAGCGCUUCCGUAGGCGACGACAACAAAGGCUUUCUUGAUCUCUGGAAGAAUUCGUUACUUUGCGUCUCGUCGAUUUCCGCCAUCCAACUGCACCUCAUGACGUUGGAUGAGCAAAUUGCUUGGAAGAAAUCGUUGUCGAAUGCGCGCUGUCGCAUCUGCCGGCGAAAAGGCACCGCACCAUCGUUUGUCGUUUGUGCCAACUGCGAAAAACCGUUUCACGCUAAGUGCGUCCGACCGUCAAUCAGAGGCCGCCAGCCGACGAUGUCUCCCGAUUGGCUCUGCAGCACCUGUUCGUACCACGACGGUGGCAAACAGGUGGACGAUGAUAUUAAUGAUAAUGACACGGAUUGCGGCCGACUGGCACUGAACGGUGCAAAUUGCCUGGAAGUCAACUUUGAUCACUCGCUUCAGUUAAAGGCGGAGAACGAUUGUUUUAACGCUGACGUCGAAUCUUCGACCGAAAACUCAAACGAUGGUCUGGUGUGCCGCGUAUGCCAGCAGCUGGUCAUCAACGACAAGUCGGGUACGGCGUGCUCUUCUUGCGGUACCGCUUUUCAUCUGCGAUGUCUUGGUUUGAAAAAGGCAGGUGCCCCCGGUCAGCAGUGGCUUUGUUCCGUUUGUUCGGAAGAUGGACUGAGUAACGUCUAUCACAAGGACGACGAGAAAACUGAUCGAAAAUGUCUGAAAACGUCGCGUUCCGGUCGCAUCAUCAAGAAACCACGUUCUCUUGGCGAGUUUGAAAAUAGGUUCAACGGCGUAUUCAAGAAAGAGACUCUAAGUCGUUCGGUGGAAAAACGCAAGUCGUUGCCAGCGACGCAUCAAAACGGAGACCUGUAUGUCAGUGAAUGGCCGACGAAGGGUCGGUCUGCAAAGCGAUCUCAGUAUGCUUCUGAGCCGACAGCCGACGAACGAUGUCAAGAAUUGAUCCGACUUCUGAGCUGUCAUAGGGAUUCUUGGCCAUUUUUGAAACCGGUCUCUAAGCGAAUAGCACCUGAUUAUUAUGACAUUAUCAAGUGCCCGAUGGAUUUGCGGACCGUUCAAUACAAACUUGACAAGCACAGUUAUAUAUCGGUCGAUGAACUAUUGGCUGAUGUAACUCUGAUGUUCGACAAUUGUAGAACGUACAAUGAUCCAUCAGCUGUGGUGUUUCAGUGCGGGGAUCGGCUAGAACAGUACUUCAGAACAAAGAUCACUGAUUUGCACUUAGGCGACGAAGAACCGCCACUGUUUCAUAAACGAAGGAGAUCCACGGCUCCCGUGUCGUAG